GUAAGCUUCAUGUUGAGCUUAUGUAGGGCUACAGAAGAAGGAAAAGUGGGCCGAAUAAUGCCCCCAUGACCUGAAAAUCAGUUUUCUUGAUUUGGUUACCUCACAGCAAUUAGAUAUUCCUGGUAGGAAGAGCAGAGGAUGUAUCACUGUGCAUAUUUCAGAGGAAAGAGCCUGGAUAUUUACAGGUUGUAUUAGACUGGAUAAAUCAGGAUAAUAAUCAGCACUUGCUAUGUGCUUGCUACAUUCUCCCAGGAAUGGCUCAUGUCACAAUAGCAGAGUGACACGACUACAAGGAUAAGGAGAUGAGUGUUUUUUGAGGAGCCAGGGGCAAGGUGCUGUGCUUUUGGAGAAAUGGUCCUCAUUAUUAAACUGCUUCUCCUAACUAGUCUCUGGCCAGGGGCUGUCCUCAACGGGUUUCAUCCGCAGAAGGAGCAGCAUCAUCAUCAACACCACCAUCAACUACAGGAGAAAGAGGACAUUCACCCAGUGCCCAUGAGAGACAGCCGCAAGAAUACCAGUAAAAUGAAGAGAAUUGACAGCACUAAAGUUCGCCAGGUCAAAUCGGAACAGCUUUUGCGCAUAGAUGACCAUGAUUUUGCCAUGAGACCUGGAUUUGGAGGCUCAGCUAUUCCCGUUGGCAUUGAUGUGCAGAUAGAAAGUAUAGACAGCAUUUCAGAAGUUGAUAUGGAUUUUACAAUGACCUUAUACCUCAGACAUUACUGGAAAGAUGAAAGGUUGUCUUUCCAGAGUACCAACAACAGAAGCAUGACGUUUGAUGGAAGACUAAUCAAAAAGAUUUGGGUGCCAGAUGUGUUUUUUGUCCAUUCCAAGCGAUCAUUUAUACAUGAUACCACGAUGGAAAACAUUAUGCUGCGUGUAUAUCCAGAUGGCAAUGUGCUAUUCAGCCUAAGAAUAACGGUCUCUGCUAUGUGCUUCAUGGACUUCAGCAGAUUUCCUCUAGACACGCAGAACUGCUCCUUGGAACUGGAAAGUUAUGCCUAUAAUGAGGAUGACCUAAUGCUGUAUUGGAAGCAUGGAAAUGAGUCUCUGAAAACUGAUGAACACAUUGCCCUAUCCCAGUUUUUCAUUGAAGAGUUCAGUGCUUCUAGUGGACUGGCACUAUACAGUAGCACAGGAUGGUAUAAUAGACUUUUCAUCAACUUCAUCCUUAGGCGGCACAUUUUCUUCUUUGUGCUUCAGUCCUACUUCCCAGCAAUGCUGAUGGUAAUGCUAUCUUGGGUGUCUUUCUGGAUAGACAGAAGAGCUGUACCCGCCAGAGUAUCUCUAGGUAUUACCACCGUCCUGACCAUGUCCACCAUCAUCACAGGCGUGAGUGCCUCAAUGCCUCAGGUGUCUUACAUUAAAGCUGUAGACGUCUAUUUGUGGAUCAGUUUCCUAUUUGUGUUCCUGUCUGUUAUUGAGUAUGCUGCUGUCAAUUACCUGACCACUGUGGAGGAACGGAAACAGCUCAAGAGGAGAGGGAAGUCUUCAACAACCCUGAACCUAGAGGCAGUGCAGGCUAUGGCAUUUGAUGGCUGCUACCACGACAGUGAUGCCGACCUGAACUAUUCUAUGCACUCGGAGGAGAGCUCAUCCCGCGGCCGGGCUGCCAGUGUGGCCACUCUGGAUGCAGCACGUGUAAAAAGGAAGAGAUCCAUUAAAGGGAAUGUUGGCCGAAUAAUCCUUGAGAACAAUCAUGCCAUUGACACAUAUUCAAGGAUUAUCUUUCCCAUUGUCUAUAUUUUAUUUAACUUUUUCUACUGGGGCAUGUACUAUUAAUAUUGUGAAGAUGUAAAUAUGUUAUAUAUAAAAUUUGAAUGUAUGGAUACGAGAGGAAAGCACUCCGGUUCUUAUUACAAAUGUCAUUAUAAGAUAUCUAACCAGGACAACUUUAAGCCUUGACCUGCCAAGCAUCUCAUAGAGCUAACCAAUCACAACAAGCCAUGACUAUUUUCUGAACAUUUCAUGACUGUCCAUUCAAGGUAGAAUUGGUUUGGAGGUGCAUAGCAGAACGUGGGUACUGAUUUUUUUAUGCUCUGCCAUGCACAGCCCAACUUCUGUUCAAGCAAUGUUCCACAAACUUUAAACUUUAAACUUUGCCCCAUCCCCAAAUCCAACCCUAUUGAAGUCAAUGGGAACUGAAUCUGUCAAAUAAAAAAUGGAAGGUGGUGUCAAAAUAGCAUAGGGGAAUAAAAAAA